UGGCAGAGAGACACCCUAAAAAAAAAAAUAUUUAGAACAAAAAAAAAGGAAAGCAGACCAAGGAGGCAGAUGCUGCGGCGCCUCGCCGGCGGAGGCGCCACCGUGCGUUCGUCGUCGGCAGCGGCGGCGUUCCGGCGGCUGCUCCACACCGGUAGCGGAGGCGGAUGCGGCUCUGGGGAGCCGGAGAGUGUGGCGUACCGCAUGUCGAUGCUGCGGCGCCCCUCUUCCGUCGGGAAGAGGGGGCUCACCCGGAACUCGUGCAGCCUCAUCGGCCGCCUCGCCGCGCCGGUGACGCCGUACGAAGAUAGCUGCGAGGAAUACCCCGAGGCGUACACCUUCCUCUCCGUCUCCCCGUCGUCGUCCGCGGCCUCCUCGAGCUCUUCCAACUUCAGGGUGACAUUGCAGUGGAAGGGUGAGCUGGCGAAUGUUAGUCUAAAGCAUUUGAAGCACAAUGACCUUGUUUAUGUAUCGGGUCAUCUGAGCUCUUAUCAUAAAGUCAGUUCAAGUGGUGAACGGUAUAUUUUCUAUAAGAUUUAUGUCAACGAGCUGAAUUAUGUACUAGAUCAAAAUAAGAAGCUUCAAAAUGAUGCAGAUGCAAUAGAUCCACCCGCAAUGCCAUCUAUCACCCCUCAAAUGCUAGAAGAGAACAAGUGCAUAAACCGGCUUCGCUUGUGGCAUGUCUUCUUUGCCAACCCUUAUGAAUGGUGGGACAACCGGCAAUCCAAACGGCAUGUCAAUUCCCCUGAUUUCCGGCACAAGGACACCCGCGAGAGAAUAUGACUUCGUCCAGAUGACCCUCCCUGGGUACGUAAACAGCUUGAGAUUCAUGACCUGGAAAGAGCAGAGAAUGGUCACAAGGGUAGUGGUCGACUGUUAAAAGAUUACAAUUGGAAACCUCAAGAUUUUGACUACUAUUUACAGUAUUCCGCUGAAGCAUGAGGAAGAAAUAUGACAUCAUGUGCUGAAAAAUCAGAGAAAUUCAUGUAGUCAUUGAAGGACUGUGCUUUUCUUCGUCUGAUGACCUUACUGGAUUGUAUAUAUGGUAUACUUCGCAGUUAGGUUGUGGAGUUUUUAACAUUGCUAAUUAUUGGCUAGUGUGUAGUUUGUAAUUCGUUUUACGUGUAUUAUGAGGUUCAAAUGUGAAAGGCAAACCUCAACGGUCAAUGGAACAUCUACAUUUUAGUUGAGGCACUAAGCGAUAUAUAUUGUCGUUACUUAAAAA